UUCGAUUCCUCGCCAUAAAAGACUACCAUUAACUGAAUGGAGACUACUAUAAAGUGAGUGGAGAGGGCGAUAAUCAUGUAAAUUACCUCGCUGAAGACAACUGGCAAUAAAUAUUAGCUUUUGAUGGGAAUAGGACUAGUACAUUAGCGUAGUAACACAUCUAUCUCGCCCGCUACGUCAAGAAACAUGCAUGAGAAAUCUGAACACGUAGGCUUUUAAACAGUUCAAGUAUCUGCUUUGCAUAAGCUGCUGGUUAACGCGGGAAACAGCAGGUGACGGGUGUCAUCAAAUGCCACGAUUGGUGUUCUUUUCUCAGGCAGAACUUACAACUAAUUAUGCAAGUCAUGUCCAAUGAAACGUUCUCACACCUUGCGUUUAAUUCAUCUAGAUUAUAAAACUGUGAUUUUCAAAAACCUUAGAUUGAUUUAAAACGAAAGGAAUUAUUCAAAUGCGGGAUAAGAGGUAAUGGCGUUACUUUAAUUUCAACAUAACCAAGGAUACCUGAAGUCACAGUUUCCUACGUGAACGAGAGGAAGGAGCGAUUCAAUAUUGAAAAGAAACCAAUUAAAAUGGUGACAAAGGAAUACUACAUUGUGUGGUUAACAACGAUAUUCUUUGUCGUAUGCAAUUUCGCAUAUAUCGGAUGCCAAGCAGAUUUUGAACAUGAUGAGCAAUCCUUACUCAACUCGUUUCGGCAUCAAGAUGCAGCACAAAAACGGUCUUUUGAUAGACUUGCAUCCGGGCUGAUUGGAAAGAGAAGACUGGACUCGAUAGCAAGUGGUCUGGUCGGAAAGCGUCGAUUAGAUUCAAUCGCAAGUGGAUUAGUAGGUAAGCGUCAUCUGGACUCCAUAGCGAGUGGUCUUGUCGGGAAGCGUCAUUUAGACUCCAUAGCGAGUGGUCUUGUUGGGAAGCGUCAUCUGGACUCCAUAGCGAGUGGUCUUGUUGGGAAGCGUCAUAUGGACUCCAUUGCGAGUGGUCUUGUUGGGAAGCGUCAUUUAGACUCCAUAGCGAGUGGUCUUGUUGGGAAGCGUCAUAUGGACUCCAUAGCGAGUGGUCUUGUUGGGAAGCGUCAUCUGGACUCCAUAGCGAGUGGUCUUGUUGGGAAGCGUCAUAUGGACUCCAUAGCGAGUGGUCUUGUCGGUAAACGUCAUCUGGACUCCAUAGCGAGUGGUCUUGUUGGGAAGCGUCAUCUUGAUUCAGUUGCAAGCGGUCUUGUCGGAAAACGUUUUAUAGACUCGAUAGCAAGUGGUCUUGUUGGAAAGCGACGACUUGAUACAGUAGGAAAUGGUCUUGUCGGAAAACGUUUUAUAGACUCGAUAGCAAGUGGUCUUGUUGGAAAGCGACGACUUGAUACAGUAGCAAAUGGUCUUGUCGGAAAACGCCAUUUUGACUCACUUGCAAGCGGUUUAGUUGGAAAGCGAGAAAUGGAAAAAGAUGCAAAUGGUCACAAAUAUUUUGUUCUUGCUAAAAAACGUAUGAUGGACUCCCUUGCAAGCGGUUUGAUUGGAAAGCGUAUGAUUGAUUCGUUGGCAAGCGGGAUUUUGGAGAAAAGAACUUUGGACUCCAUAGCAAGUGGUUUAGUCGGGAAAAGAACAAUGAAUUCCCAUCCUAGAGGGUCGCUAGGAAAAAGGGCACUGGAUUCUCUGGCAAGUGGUUUAGUGGGAAAGUGACAAAGUUUUCUGAACUUGUGAGAUGAUGGAACGGUUCCAGAGAACCAAGUAACAGUGAAAAAGGGGGUUUAAAUUUUGAUAAAAUUUUUGGAAAAGUUAUAUUUGUAACAUAAACAUUUUCACAUUUCAUAUCCUGAAAGCAUUUUGUAACAUAUUUUUGUAUGGACCACAAUAUUUGUGUCCUGAUGGAUCCUGGUGGAUCUUUCGUUAUGUUUUCAUUUUCAGUUCAAUAUUAUGAUAAAGGAUUAGAUGCCUCAGGGGAACAUCUAAUAGACGUGAUUGAUAGAUCAAAAAUAUUUGAGCUAUUUCCUACCUUUAACUUCAUCUCCAUCCAUAUAUAUUUGUAUUUACAAUAAACAUGCAAUGUAUUAUCUGAGUUUCUAUAUUCGCAUAAACGUCGCUAAAAUCGUUUAAUCGAAGUCGAAUAAAUUUUUGUAACUUGUUUUUGUAACAUGAACAGUAUUUUUCUUUCAAUUUUUCGUGUUUUUCAUCUUUCAUUUGAUUGGACGAUCAAAAGGACAUCCUGAGGCGUUAAUCAGAUACCGAUACUGCAGUUUAUAUGUAAAAUAAAUAUGCUCUCUCUGAUUUUUACAAUUUUUCAUUUCAUUUAAUAAAUGUUGGGCGAAUAUGUUCAAGGGAAAAAUUAAUAAAUAUGAUUUUCUU